UUUAUUCUCUGGAAGGAGCCUCAACAGGGGGAGGUUGAGAAACCCCUGGAGGCCCCUGACAUCCUUUCCCCUCGGUGCAGAAUCCGGCAACCGUAGCCAUGACCACCCACGUCACCCUGGAGGAUGCCCUGUCCAACGUGGACCUGCUGGAAGAGCUGCCCCUCCCCGACCAGCAGCCAUGCAUCGAGCCGCCGCCAUCGUCCAUCAUGUACCAGGCUAACUUUGACACAAACUUCGAGGACAGGAAUGCAUUUGUCACAGGCAUUGCAAGGUACAUUGAGCAGGCCACGGUCCAUUCCAGCAUGAAUGAAAUGCUGGAGGAAGGGCAUGAGUAUGCGGUCAUGCUGUACACCUGGCGCAGCUGCUCCCGGGCCAUCCCGCAGGUGAAAUGCAAUGAGCAACCCAACCGGGUCGAGAUCUAUGAGAAGACAGUGGAGGUGCUAGAGCCAGAGGUCACCAAGCUCAUGAAGUUCAUGUACUUUCAGCGCAAGGCCAUUGAGCGGUUCUGCAGUGAGGUGAAGCGGCUCUGCCAUGCUGAGCGGAGGAAGGACUUUGUCUCUGAGGCCUACCUUCUGACCCUGGGCAAGUUCAUCAACAUGUUCGCCGUCUUGGAUGAGCUGAAGAAUAUGAAGUGCAGCGUCAAGAACGACCACUCUGCCUAUAAGAGGGCGGCACAGUUCCUGAGGAAGAUGGCGGACCCCCAGUCUAUCCAGGAGUCGCAGAACCUUUCCAUGUUCCUGGCCAACCACAACAGGAUCACCCAGUGUCUCCACCAGCAACUGGAGGUGAUCCCAGGCUAUGAGGAGCUGCUGUCAGACAUUGUCAACAUCUGUGUGGACUACUACGAGAACAAGAUGUAUCUGACCCCCAGCGAGAAGCACAUGCUGCUCAAGGUAAUGGGUUUUGGUCUCUACCUGAUGGAUGGAAAUGUCAGUAACAUUUACAAACUGGAUGCCAAGAAGAGAAUCAACCUCAGCAAAAUUGAUAAGUUCUUUAAGCAGCUGCAAGUGGUGCCCCUUUUCGGCGACAUGCAGAUAGAGCUGGCCAGAUACAUUAAGACCAGUGCUCACUAUGAAGAGAACAAGUCCAAGUGGACAUGUACCCAGAGCAGCAUCAGCCCCCAGUACAACAUCUGCGAGCAGAUGGUUCAGAUCCGGGACGACCACAUCCGCUUCAUCUCCGAACUCGCUCGCUACAGCAACAGUGAGGUGGUGACAGGCUCCGGGCUGGACAGCCAGAAGUCAGACGAGGAAUACCGCGAGCUCUUUGACCUGGCCCUGCGGGGCCUGCAGCUUUUAUCCAAGUGGAGCGCCCACGUCAUGGAGGUGUACUCCUGGAAGCUGGUUCACCCCACUGACAAGUUCUGCAACAAGGACUGCCCUGGCACGGCGGAGGAGUAUGAGAGAGCCACGCGCUACAAUUACACCAGUGAGGAGAAGUUUGCCUUUGUCGAGGUGAUCGCCAUGAUCAAAGGCCUCCAGGUCCUCAUGGGCAGGAUGGAGAGCGUCUUCAACCAGGCCAUCAGGAACACCAUCUACGCGGCCCUGCAGGACUUCGCCCAGGUGACGCUGCGUGAGCCCCUGAGACAGGCCGUGCGGAAGAAGAAGAACGUCCUUAUCAGUGUCCUGCAGGCAAUUCGAAAAACCAUCUGUGACUGGGAGGGGGGCCGAGAGCCCCCCAAUGACCCGUGCUUGAGAGGGGAGAAGGAUCCCAAGGGGGGAUUUGACAUCAAGGUGCCCCGGCGUGCUGUGGGGCCCUCCAGCACACAGCUAUACAUGGUGCGGACCAUGCUGGAAUCACUCAUCGCAGACAAAAGCGGCUCUAAGAAGACACUGAGAAGCAGCCUCGAUGGACCCAUCGUCCUUGCCAUAGAGGACUUCCACAAACAGUCCUUCUUCUUCACUCACCUGCUCAAUAUCAGUGAAGCCCUGCAGCAGUGUUGUGACCUCUCUCAGCUCUGGUUCCGAGAAUUCUUCCUGGAGUUAACCAUGGGCCGGCGAAUCCAGUUCCCAAUUGAGAUGUCCAUGCCCUGGAUUCUAACAGACCAUAUCCUGGAAACCAAAGAACCUUCCAUGAUGGAGUACGUCCUCUACCCCUUGGACCUGUACAAUGACAGCGCCUACUAUGCUCUGACCAAGUUUAAAAAGCAGUUCCUGUACGAUGAGAUUGAAGCCGAGGUGAACCUGUGCUUUGAUCAGUUUGUCUACAAGCUGGCGGACCAGAUCUUUGCCUACUACAAAGCCAUGGCUGGCAGUGUCCUGUUGGAUAAACGUUUUAGGGCCGAAUGUAAGAAUUAUGGAGUCAUCAUUCCGUAUCCACCGUCCAACCGCUACGAAACACUGCUGAAACAGAGACACGUGCAGUUGUUGGGUAGAUCAAUUGACUUGAACAGACUCAUCACCCAGCGCAUCUCGGCCGCCAUGUAUAAAUCCUUGGACCAGGCCAUCAGCCGCUUCGAGAGUGAGGACCUGACUUCCAUUGUGGAGCUGGAGUGGCUGCUGGAGAUCAACCGGCUCACACACCGGCUGCUGUGUAAGCACAUGACCCUGGACAGCUUCGAUGCCAUGUUCCGGGAGGCCAAUCACAACGUGUCCGCCCCCUACGGCCGCAUCACCCUCCAUGUCUUCUGGGAGCUGAACUUCGACUUCCUCCCCAACUAUUGCUACAACGGGUCCACCAACCGUUUUGUUCGAACUGCCAUUCCUUUCACCCAAGAACCGCAAAGAGAUAAGCCCGCCAACGUCCAGCCCUAUUACCUCUAUGGAUCCAAGCCUCUCAACAUUGCCUAUAGCCACAUCUACAGCUCCUACAGGAACUUCGUGGGGCCGCCCCACUUCAAGACCAUCUGCAGACUCCUGGGUUACCAGGGCAUCGCAGUGGUGAUGGAGGAACUGCUGAAGAUCGUCAAGAGCUUGCUCCAAGGAACCAUUCUCCAGUACGUGAAAACACUGAUCGAGGUGAUGCCCAAGAUAUGCCGCUUGCCCCGGCACGAGUAUGGCUCCCCAGGGAUCCUGGAGUUCUUCCACCACCAGCUGAAGGACAUUAUCGAGUACGCAGAGCUCAAGACAGACGUGUUCCAGAGCCUGAGGGAGGUGGGCAAUGCCAUCCUCUUCUGCCUGCUCAUAGAGCAAGCUCUGUCUCAGGAGGAAGUCUGUGAUUUGCUCCAUGCUGCACCCUUCCAAAACAUCCUGCCUAGAGUCUACAUCAAAGAAGGGGAGCGUCUGGAGGUCCGCAUGAAACGUCUGGAAGCCAAGUAUGCCCCGCUCCACCUGGUCCCUCUGAUAGAGCGGCUGGGGACCCCUCAGCAAAUCGCUAUCGCUCGGGAGGGCGACCUGCUGACCAAGGAGCGGUUGUGCUGUGGCCUGUCCAUGUUUGAGGUCAUCCUGACACGCAUUCGGAGCUACCUGCAGGACCCCAUCUGGCGGGGCCCACCACCCACCAAUGGCGUCAUGCAUGUCGACGAGUGCGUGGAGUUCCACCGGCUCUGGAGUGCCAUGCAGUUCGUCUACUGCAUCCCCGUGGGGACCAAUGAGUUCACAGCUGAGCAAUGUUUUGGUGAUGGUCUGAACUGGGCGGGCUGCUCCAUCAUCGUCCUGCUGGGCCAGCAGCGUCGCUUCGACCUGUUUGACUUCUGUUACCACCUGCUGAAAGUCCAGAGGCAGGACGGGAAGGAUGAGGUCAUUAAGAAUGUGCCCCUGAAGAAGAUGGCAGACAGAAUUCGGAAGUACCAGAUCUUGAACAAUGAGGUUUUUGCCAUCCUGAACAAGUACAUGAAGUCCGUGGAGACGGACAGUUCCACUGUAGAGCAAACAAGAACCUCCCCAAACACAUCUACACCUCCCGAGGGCUGGACCUGUGCAUGCUCUCCCAUGACAUCUCCAUGGUGGUUUUUCCAUAGCGUCAAUGAAAAAAAAAAAAAUGAAAAGAAACAGGGCAGUAUGUGCUUUUUCUUUUCUUUUUUCCCCUCAGCCGUGCUAAGAGCCCUAGUUUCACCCCUUCUCCACCUCACAGCCCCACCCCACAUCCAUGGUUGCCUCUCAAGACCUCCUCCCAGAUGGUGACCUCCUACCUAGUGCCCACGUGCCACCCCAGGAGUGAAGUCUCAGAGAAAGAGACAAGAGCAUGGCGUAUCCCGAGAUAACAGCCCAGCCUGACAGGCGUGUUUCCAUUUCCUGGCUUCUUCACCUCCUCUGGCUCCCUCCCCCCCAUUUUCCAGGCGGCAUCUCCUCCUACUCUGGAUGCCGGGGAUUCUACCACCAAUAGUGCUUGUGAACAAGAUGCUGAGAGCCGGGGGAAACAGAAGACAAGGUUCCUGGUACUGGCACCGUGAUAGAUGGUGUUGGCUCUGGCCUUCCCUGGACUCCCCCAAACCACACUCCCCUCUCAGGGCGCUCCUAGAGAGAAAUCAGGAAUGCAUUCACAACCAUGUCUCACUGACUGGAAUUUGGGUAGAAAGAUGGUCAGGCCUGCUGUGCGGAAGCAGUAUUUAUUGACAUAGCCAGGAAUUCCAUAGCCCCGAAAGCUGUGGGACCAUCUCAGCUUGAUGAUGAUGUGGUUCCUUUAUUCAUUCAGCAAAUACUGCUGAAUACUCAUUCAGCAAGGUGCACAGGGCCGAGGACAGUGGGAACACAGCACUGAACAAGUCAGGCACGUACUGCCCACACCAGUAGCCGGUGGCCAAAUUAGGGACCACUUCUCUGCACAGACUCUCUCAUCAAGGAAAACUCCCACGAGAAAGAAAAUGUUAAGGGGUUAUUUCAACAGAAGCCCAAAACAUAUUGGGGUCAGGGGGGUGAGGAAUAUAAAUAGCACUUGUCAAUGAGUUUUUAAUACGUGGAUACACUCCCAGAAAAGGAGUCCUGUUUUAGUGAAUCGGGACUUUCAUUGUUGUAGAAGCUGAAAGAUUCUUAGGAAAUUUAUCUUUUGCUCUCAACAUCCUCAGUGUUCCUUAACCUAGAUUUUGAGUCAUGGAGCAUAUCUCACAGGGGCCUGUCUACCUGCAUUUCUCCAACUGAACCAAAAGUCUUCGCAGAAUCUCCCACCGAGCAUGGGGAGACUGUUUAGAAGGAUGGAAGCCUUUGGGAAUGAAUGUCUCAUUAAAGAGCACCUCUUCUUCAAAGGGAACCUGUGACCCUGAGCUUGUAAGAAAAUGUAAAGUGAGACAUUUGAUAUCUCUCCCCCAAUCCAGGGAAGAAAAGAAAAGAGAGAAAAUAGAAACAACAACAAUGGUCCCCUCCCUCAGGGCGGAUGAAUGCAAAUGGUUACCAUUAAUCAGGUGGCCCGUUUUAAUCCAAUGGAAAGAGAAAAAACAAUCCAUAGCAAGAGGUUUGUGUGAUACACUCUGCUCACCAGGGAGGAGAGAGGUGGGGCUCACCAAGUGUGGUCCAGAGGCCUCCAUCAGGACGUCCUGAAGUUAGCCACAUUUGGUGCAGAUUUCUGGGCCCUCCCCCAAACCAGUUAAGUCUUACCUGACUUAACUGACUUAACCUGACUCUGGGAGUCAGGUAAGGAAAUCUGUACCUUCCACAACCUCUCCGAGCUGUUCUGUUGCACAUGGAAAUCUGAGGACCACUGAGAGGGUCUCUCCAUCGCUAACCUGGGCUCUGAGCUCCCUCUGAGCCAUGAAAGAAAAUAUUUGUAGGGUAGGAAAACAAUUCAGGGUGGAAGCUGGCAGAUCCUGUCUGGAGAUGCCACUUCCUAUUCUGAUUUUUUGUUGUUGUUGUUUAUUCCUCUUGAUGACCAUAGAUGUGUCCCAAAGGCAGAAGGGAGAGGCUACACCACAUGGUAGGACACGCCUUCCAAACCCACGUAAAAAUCUCUAAGCUCCAGAGUCUUCUGAAUCUUCGUCCUCUCUGAGGACGGUGCGUCUUUCAGAUAGGUGACCAGCUAUUAAGUCCUAGAGUUUAUUCCAGAUCCUUGCCCACUGCUUUUGUGGAGAUUUGGAUCAUCCAUUUGAUGGGAUUGCUAUUUCAGCAAGCUGCCCCUCGGUCCUGCCUCUGUAACCCUGAAUUUGACCCCUGGGUGGAAUCCUAUUAUCUUCAAGAGAUUUGACCCUGGUAAAUUGAGGUCUUCACCUUAAGGAGAGACAUUUCAUUUCCCUAGCUCGCUGGCACAUUUAUUUAUGAAUACCAAACAGGUUUAAUAUUCUUUCCUCCCUGGUAUUCCUGCCUCCUUUUGAUUUGAUUUUUUGUGUGUGUCUAAGAACCAGGAAAAAAAAAUCUUAGGUUUUAAAAAGUUUAAAAAAAAAAUUCUGUUCCAGAAACUGUCAAAUGUACCAUAUUUGUAUUAAGAGUUGUUGGGGAUUUUUGUACAAUGAAUUUACAUUUAUUUAUGGUGACUUAUAUUUACGCUUGUGAUCAAAUAAUGAUGUUAAAUUCUUAAAUCAUAUUUGCUAUGCAGCUGAAAAUGAUAUUUUGCUUUGUAUUUUGGGGUACCUGUGUUGAGUUGAUAAACAUUUCCAUCUCCAUUAAAACUGCUUCCAAACUAG